AUUUCAUCCCAUUUUCAAUCAGAGUUCCUACUUUUCUUCUCGUGACUUGUCAAACUAGACUUUCAUUUAUAUUAGCAAACUUCUAGCUAAGUCUUUUGUCUUUCAAUCAUGGGGACUCUCACCGGCGGUUGUCCCGUGCUGGACUUGCAUUGCCCUCAUAAGCUCGCCACAUCUUGCCGAUUGACGUCAACAUUGAAUUGCUGUGCCUGUGCCGAUGAGCGUCCUCACUCACGCACUUAUAGAGUGUACAUCGAUGGCGUUGGUUUUGUUCAGCGAGGGACGAGGUGGCAAGGAUAUUGCUGGUUUUGUAAAGAAUUUUGGAACAACCGCCUCGCUGCUACUGAUCCUCCACUUGAGGUAUCACAAACCCGAAUUCCCGAGGUACCGGAUCAAGCAGACUUCCUAGAGCGAUGGUUUGAGUUCCAUCGAGGCUACCGGAUCGUCCAUCAACCAGAUGGCACGGAAAACCGUAUGUCGGUUCUAGGAGAGCCGUGGAAGGAGGUCAGUCCAGGUUUCUUGCCUCGAACUCUGGAUGAGAUGCGAUCGCGGAGAGCCAACGAUGCCACAAGAGCUGCGAAUCGAUUCCGCCGCAGACGACUGUCGUCGGAAGAUCCAGAUGCAGUCGAAGAGCCACACCAGAGCCUGGAAUCCGCACUUGACGAUCUGUUAGAAGCAGCAUCGGACGAAGAGGUCGAGUCUCCAGACACGCAAGUUGCAGAGCCAGACAUUGCAGAAUCCGAGUCGAUCCGCCAACAACGCGCACGCGAACGGUUUACUCGCCUCUUCGGAACGCGCCAAGAUGUGGAACAGGAUGAUUAUGUAUCACCACUGACAACAAUGUACCAACGUGCAUAUGCACGAUACAACGAAGCGGAGAGAAUUAGAGAAUCUGGCGACACAUCGGCCCCUCCACUCGAUGGACUAGUCGAGGUUGAGCGAGGACGUAUCGAGCAACAUAUCCUAUGGAGCGUGAUGAACGACUCCCGUGGUGAGCUCGGCCGCUUCGCAGAUUCCUAUAGGGCUUCCAUUGCCACUGCGCCAUCGGGAGAUUCAAUGACCGCGACAUCUUUACCUACUAUUCCAGGCCGACCGACAUCCGAGCUUAGGGAGGCCGUUGCACGCAUGAACAGCAAUAUCUCUUUGAUCGAGAGCGCCACCGCCUCCGUCUCUUCAGUCAUUGAAGCAAUGCGUCACGCCGACACGGAUCGCAACCUCGAUAUGGAUAAGCAGCACGACCGACCUCCGCCCCUGGAAGAGGAGGAAAUGACGAAGAAGUUAGCAUGCAGUAUCUGCUACUCGCAGUUGGCGAAUACCGCACUGCUGCCCUGUGGACACAUGAUCAUGUGCGAGUGGUGUGCGGAGAUUCUUAUUCCUGUCAAACACUCGCAUGUUCCCACCCGGUCUACGAAAUGCCCGAAAUGCAGAAAACAGGUCAAGCAAAGGUUCAAGAUACACAUGUAGAGAUACUAUUUUAUGUUUCUUACUUUUAGCGAGCUUUGAUAGGAUGGUGGAAUUUUCUUUGUGAAAACAGAAUAAAACGGAUGGAAUGCCUG